AUGACGAGAACACACGAUGAAUCGCCAUCUUUGGCGAACGCAGAGCGAGACUCAAAGCAUCCCAUUGACGACUACGUCAAGUCGCUCGAGGGCAAGCGGUCUAUCCGAAAGAUCCUUAUUGCGAACAAUGGUAUCGCGGCUGUCAAAGCCAUUCGCAGCAUCCGUCGAUGGAGCUAUGAGACGUUUGGAAAUGAGCGUGCCGUUGAGUUUGUUUCCAUGGCAACCCCAGAAGACGUCUCUGCGAAUGCCGAGUAUGUUCGCAUGGCUGACAUGUGGACGUCGGUUCCGGGAGGAUCAAACAACCACAACUUUGCAAAUGUGGACCUCAUCACAGACAUAGCGGAUCGCUUUUCGUGCGAUGCUGUCUGGGCUGGCUGGGGUCAUGCCUCUGAGAACCCGGACCUCCCUGCCAAGCUUAGCAGUAUGGGUAUUACCUUUCUUGGGCCAAAUCCAAAGUCCAUGUACGCUCUAGGGGACAAAAUCGCUAGCACUAUCAUUGCGCAGUCUGCAAAUGUACCCACAGUUGCUUGGUCGGGUUCACAUCUUACAGUUGACUACAAAGAUUUGGGUUCUGUACCGGAUGAUGUCUAUCAAGAGGCAUGCAUUCUUUCUGCGGAUCACGCAAGGCGAGUUGCGGAGAAGGUAGGAUAUCCUCUUGUUGUGAAGGCCUCCGAAGGUGGUGGGGGAAAGGGAAUACGUGUAGUUUUCGAAGAAAAUGCUAUCUGCGCUGCAUAUCGUCAAGUUGCGAGCGAGGUCCCCGGUAGUCCUAUAUUUCUCAUGCGCCUCGUUCAGGACGCGAGGCAUUUAGAAGUUCAGAUCGUAGCAGAUGAGACUGGAGAUGCCAUAGCGCUUUAUGGCCGUGAUUGCUCUGUUCAACGAAGACAUCAAAAAAUCAUUGAGGAAGGUCCUGUGGUCGCCGCACCUCCAGCCGUUUGGAAGGGUUUGGAGAGAGCUGCGAUCGCCCUUGCAAAAGAAGUGGGAUACGUGGGUGCAGGUACAGUGGAGUAUCUCUACAAGGGGGAUAAGGAGAACGGCGAGUUUUAUUUCCUUGAGUUGAAUCCAAGAUUGCAAGUCGAACACCCUGUUACUGAGUGGAUCACAGGGGUAAAUCUUCCAGCUUUGCAGCUGCACAUCGGCAUGGGAAUACCGCUUAAGAAUGUCGCUACUAUUCGCAAGUUUCUCGGGCUUCCUGAAGUGAUGCUCCCUAUGUCAGAGCCCCAUGUCCACCCAACAACCACCUCUCCCUUUAAAUCAACCAGUACUCCUUUUCACGUUGGGGACAAGGACAGCUUGGAAGAGUUGCACAUUGAUUCUCCCGUUCCUCCACACGGCCAUGUUAUCGCUUGCAGAGUCACGGCUGAAAAUCCCGACGAGGGCUUCCAGCCAACAUCAGGCGCAAUUCAGGAGUUGACGUUCCGAAACACCCCGAAUGUUUGGGGCUACUUUAGCGUUGGCGCAUCAGGAGGGGUCCACGAGUUCGCGGAUUCUCAGUUUGGCCAUCUAUUUGCCUGGGGCGAUACUCGCGAGUCUUCAAGGAGGUCUUUGGUUCUUGCUCUGAAAGAAUUAUCUAUCAGGGGAGAUAUCCGUACAACAGUAGAGUACCUCAUCAAACUUCUGGAAAUGGAAGCAUUCAAGGAAAACCGCAUCACGACGGCGUGGUUAGACAGUCUGAUUGCAGACAAAGUAGCAGCUGAAAAGCCACCAACUGAUCUCGCGGUUGUUAUUGGAGCCGUUUGCCGAGCGCACAUGGAUUUUUCUGCACGUGCGGAGUCGUUUACCAAAUGCCUCGAGCGCGGCCAACUUCCACCGCUUGACAAGACACUUGUCGAGUUUCCAGUUGAAUUAAUAUACGAGGAUGUGAAAUAUUCAUUCACAGUGACCAGGUCUGACGUCUCAGCCUUUAAGGUCCGACUUGCCGAAAAUGGCGACGCAGAUGCUGGCGGGAGUUCGAGUGUUCUAGCUGAAUUACGAACCCUGGCUGAUGGAGCAAGGCUCGUUCUUGCAAAUGGAAGGUCCCAUGUCUGCUACGCACGAGAAGAACCCGCAGGUCUUCGACUUUCAAUAGACGGGAAAACAUGUUUAUUCCCGAAGGACUACGACCCGACGACAUUGUCAUCGUCGGUGAGUGGAAAGCUGGUGAGAUAUUUGGUUGAGAGUGAUGAACAUGUUGAAGUUGGACAGCCAUAUGUUGAGUUAGAAGUCAUGAAAAUGUAUUUGACACUCUCUACACCGGAGUCAGGGAGAAUUCGUCUCCUAGCCCCAGAAGCAAGUUCAAUAGAAAUUGGGGAUGUCAUAGCGAGGCUUGAGUUAGAUGACCCAAGCAAAGUACGACGGGCGGAAUUGUUUCACGGACAUCUCCCCAACUUUGCUCCGCCGCAGGCGCUAGGCUCAAAACCCCAUCAACAGUUCGUGUCAGCGAAAAGGGAUGUAAUUCUUCUUCUGAGGGGAUUUGAUGCAAGACCAAGUGCUCUUGAGGACUUUAUGGAUGCAAUUGACGACGUCCGGGUCUGUGCUGGAGAAAUACGUGAAGUCCUCUCGUCUCUCUCUGGAAGAAUCCCAACGCGCGUGUCACAAAGUAUUGAGGCGGAACUGCGAUCAAUGCUGGCCAAGGCAGGCGUGCCAGAGACGAAGGAUCUCGGCGGGCGCGUGAAGCUGCAUGGGCGUUUCGCUGUGUCCGAUGAUGGAGUUCAUUUGGGCAGCGAGGAAUGGCUCGCAAGGGCACAGUUGGUGUCGUUAUCUGUUUCUCGAAUCCUGCUUUCCUGCCAAGGAAUUCCAGAGGCUGAAGAAUUAGCUAACGUGGCACGUCAGUAUACGAAUGGGACCGUUCUCGCCACUACGCUCGCUCACAUGCUGGAUGAAUAUUUGGAUAUUGAGAAACUCUUUGCUAGAAGAACCGGGGGAGCUGCAGAUGCAUUGUUUGAGUUGCGAGACGCCAAGAAAGGAGAUUUGGCCUCAGUCGUGGAGGUUGCCGCCUCUCACGUUCGGCUCAAGGACAAGAAUAGUGCGUUGGUCCGCUUCUUGAAGACAUUAACCGCGCCAUCUGCGGCCGCAGUCUUGGCAGAGGAAAACGCUCAAACAGCUGAAUUCAAGGCCAGGCUUCACCAGCUGAGUCAGCUUUACGCUCCUGAGUAUUCUGAUAUUGCCUUGAGGGCUAGAUUGAUGCUUGCGGACUUACGCAAACCUCACUUUCACCAAAGACGCUCGUCAGUAUUGAAGCUAUUGCAACAAGUUGUUAAUUGUGACCCAGACCAACAAGAAUCUGCACUGCAGAAUAUGGUGUCCAUGAGCGAGUCAAUACUCGAUGUUUUAGUAUCGUUUGUUUUACCAUCUAACAAUGAUGAUGUGUCCCCGGCAGUUCGGAAGAUUGCUGCGAAGAUUCAACUCCUUCGGUCUUAUCGGGCAUAUGAAGUCACAAAUUUAGAAGUCGUCACUGGAGCUCAAUCAAAUUCCUCACUAACAGCAGAGUGGCGAUUCAGGUUUCUGAAGAGGGACGACAGCAACACUAUCGCUAAUGAUAUUUCAAACACGGUGAAGAACCCUGUCCAGAUGCCGAGAGGCAUAACUUCUUUUGAUUCGGCUGAUAACCUUUCCAAUGCAAUUGGGGGAGCCUGCGAUCCACUAAAUGACGAUUCUCUCCGUGUUGGAUUGCUCGCCGCAUUUAAUCAGUGGGAAACGAUGGAAGAGGAGUUUGACAGUAUUCUUGAAAGUCAUGCUAACAAAUCAGAAGUUUCCUCCGAGAGAGAUGUGAAUGUGAUGACAAUCCUUUUGCGAUGGGACUCGAAUGCAUUUUCAAACUCAAUGUCUACUUCCGAUAAAUCGUCUAGUCGAAAUUCAAAGUCCGGAGUUGAGCACGGAGAUGAUCUUCGAGAUCCAUUUGCUUCUGAGUCGGUUGUGAGCCAGGCGCUGUCACAGUUUUGCAAAGCAAAAGGUUCUCGUCGGGACCUCGCAGCAAAAGCCGGUCUAAAAUCAAUAACGUUCAUCGUCGCACCUGCUCCGUCGAACGAGUCUGUAACGUAUCCUGGGUUUUACACGUUUCGCGUGAAGGGUGGUUUCGAGGAAGAUCCCAUAUAUCGCCAUAUUGAUCCACCGAUGGCUUUUCAGCUUGAACUGUCACGUUUAUCCAACUUUUCAAUCAACCGGUUCGGAUAUCCGACACGCUCAGUCCAUGUGUUCUUUGCACAAGACAAGACUACUCCACGAAGAAUGCAUGGCGGCGGCCCUGCAAUCCGCGAGCGUCCCCCUUUACGUAAUGGAUCUGUGGAGGAAAAAGCACCCGCCGCCAACCGCGUUGGGAGCAGCUCCGCCUCCGAAAUAAUCGAAAGUAAGACGACGAUGGGAAAGAGCAACCCAACGAAAACAGGCUGCCCGCAGGAAGAUCCAAAACCUAUGACCGGCCGUGUGGACAGAGAUGUAGAUGCUAGGUUUUUUGUCCGUGCCGUAAUUCGUCAAGCCGACGUUUUUGCGAAUUCAAAGGACGGUGCAGUUGUUUCGAUGCCAGAGGCUGAACGAACCUUCGUAGAAGCAUUAGAUGCCAUAGAAAUGGCAAGCUGUGAUCGAAGAUUCCGCCGUACCGAUUUCAAUCACAUUUUCCUUAAUGUUGUGCCGCCAGUCCAGAUUGAUAUUGAUGACGUUGAAGCUAUCUGUCGUCGAAUGUUUCAAAGAUAUGCGAUACGGUGCUGGAGCCUUCGCGUGUUUGCAGUAGAGAUUAAGGUAGCGGCACUGGUCGUGGAAAAUGACACCCCCUCGACUACUAUUCCGCUUCGAUUUUUAUUGUUUAAUCCCACAGGACACAUGCUAAGAGUUGAGAGUUACGUUGAGUCGACUGACAGAAACUCUGGCAUUGAGAAAAUCAUCUCUGUAUCACAGCAGAAUCCAGGUUCUCUGCAUGGCAGUUUGGUUUCCGAACCAUAUCCAGUUAUGGACCGGAUCCAGCGACGGCGGGUAGUUGCCCAGGCUAUGGAAACCACAUAUGUUUACGAUUUCCUUCAAAUAUUUACAAAACAGCUUCAACAAUUAUGGCGACGCUAUUCCGAGGAGAGACUAUUGGGAGGAUUUCGGCGGCAUAAGAUCCCUGUAUCACUAAUUGAUUCCACUGAGCUGGUUUUGUGUCAUGCAGGCAAUGAAGGCGAUGAACCCCAGCUGGUGGAAGCAAAGAGACAACCAGGCUUGAAUGACAUUGGUAUGGUUUCUUGGCUGUGUACCCUUCGGACGCCAGAGUAUCCUCAAGGUCGGGAAGUCAUCAUCAUCGCCAAUGAUAUCACGUUUCGGAGUGGAUCAUUUGGUCCGGACGAAGACGCUUUAUUCUACGCCGCCUCCAAGAAAUCGAGACAAGAAGGGAUACCUCGCAUAUACCUUGCGGCAAAUUCCGGUGCUCGAAUAGGAGUUGCUGAUGAAAUUCGUGAAUGCCUGCAGGUGGACUGGAUUGAUCCCAGUAUGCCGUCCAAAGGCUUCAAGAGGCUCGCUGUCAAGGAAUGUGAUUUACCAAAUGUUGCCAAUUUUAUUAAGACUGGAAAAAAAAUAGGAGAAGACAUGGUCGAAGUAGUGGACAUUAUCGGUGAAGAACAUGGCUUGGGAGUGGAGAAUCUAAUGGGAUCCGGCUUGAUUGCAGGGGAAACCUCAAAGGCAUAUGACGAGACAUUCACCCUAACAUACGUAACGGCCAGGUCUGUUGGAAUUGGGGCAUAUCUUGUUCGCCUUGGCCAGCGUGUCAUCCAGAAGAAAUCAGCUGCACCAAUAAUACUCACAGGGUUUUCGGCGCUGAACAAGGUUCUGGGACACGAAGUGUACCUCAGCAAUGAGCAACUUGGCGGCGCAAAGGUAAUGUUUCCUAACGGCAUAUCCCAUGCAGUAGUCAAAGAUGAUGUCCAAGGUGUCAGUGCCAUUUUGAACUGGCUGAGCUACGUGCCAAGGGUGAGAGGUGACCGCUUGCCAAUAAUUGAAUCUCGGGACCCCGUGGCACGUCCGGUUUUCUCGAAACCUCCGUCGACUGGGCAAGCAUAUGACCCACGAGUGAAGUUAAUUGCUGGAGAGUCUGAUUCGUCUACCGAAGAGCAUCGUUUCUUGGGUGGUUUGUUUGACAAAGAUUCUUUCCGGGAGUACCUUGAUGGUUGGGCAAAAACCGUUGUUGUCGGGAGAGGGCGGCUGGGUGGGGUUCCCACUGGCAUUGUGGCCGUUGAAACUCGAUCAGUAGAGCGCGUUACGCCUGCCGACCCAGCAUCGCCAGAGACCCGAGAAUGCGUCGUCACUCAGGCCGGACAGGUUUGGUAUCCGGACUCAGCCGCUAAGACGGCCCGCGCGAUAAGAGACUUCGACCGUGAGGGUCUUCCACUCUUCAUCCUGGCAAAUUGGAGAGGGUUUUCAGGAGGAAUGAGAGAUAUGUAUGAUGAGAUUUUGAAGUCGGGCUCAGAGAUUGUUGAUGCGCUCCGAUCAUACAAGCAGCCAGUGUUUGUGUAUAUUCCUCCAGGGGGCGAAUUACGGGGAGGGGCAUGGGUUGUCUUAGACACGCUCAUCAACCCGGCGAAGAUUGAGAUGUAUGCAGACAGUAAUUCCCGUGGUGGAGUCCUAGAGCCAGAAGGAACUGUAGAUGUGAAAUACCGCAGGAGGAAUAUCAUCAAGACAAUGCAUAGACUUGACCCCAAGUUGCGCAAGCUUGACCAGGAACUCUCCGAAGGAAAACGAUCUGGAGGGUUCCUAAGUGACGAACGGAAACGGGCUAUUUACGAGGCUGUCUAUGCGCGGGAGGUUGAAAUUCUUCCUGUAUAUCGCAAUGUCGCAACUGCCUUCUGUGAUCUUCAUGACACUCCCGGACGACUUCUCGCCAAGAAGGCAAUUAGAGAUGUAAUCGAAUGGCACAAUGCCAGGUCUUUCUUCUACUGGCGAAUGCAGCGUCGGUUGGCUGAGGAAAGGAUGAGGGAGAAACUCAGCAUUGCAGACCAAUCCCUUUCUCAUGAAGAGAUUACUGGUUUGUUGAAGAAAUGGGCAGCAGAUUACAAGAUGGAAAGUGGAAUGAGUGGUCAUACCACUGGGGAUGAUGAGAUGAACACAGAAGCCUUUCCGAAUGACUCAGGAACGAGUUCAUUUGAGAAAGAUGAUAAAUGGAUUUUCCAUUGGUUAGAGGUCGAAGAAGAUGCAAUUGAGAAACGGAUUGAGAAAGUGAGAACUGCAAGCAUUGCUUCUAGUGUUUCUUGCUCGUACAAACAGUCUCGGGAAGGCUUUUUGGAUGGAAUUGAGUCGGCUAUGAGGAAUUGUAGUUCCGGUGGCGAAAGGUCAGAUUUGAUAUCUGCCAUACAGUCAAAAAUUGGCCUGGUGACGUCGUCAGGAACGACGUCCUCCUCUUCUUUAGGAAUUCUCAGUAGACUUGGGAAACUUGGUUGGGAUAGGGAUAGAAGUCUUGGGUUACGGUAGUUUAAGAAGUAGAAUCGGCGUAGGCUGCGAUGUCGCGAAGAGAAGGGUUGGCACACAAUGCCCACACCUAGUUACUACGUAGAUAUUUAAAAAUGAAGUGAAACAUAUUCACACUUAAACGACGAUCUGCUUAAAGCAAUCUACAACUUGCUGAGAGA